AUGAGGAUCCAUUUCUUCAGACGAGUCGAGAUUUUGGUCAUUGAUGCUGGGCUUAUUGUUUAUUCAUUGUACGAUAGCAGAAAGAGCAAAGAAGACCGAAAUCAAGACCUCUUUCUUUUGGCUGACAAGAUUCAGCUUGUGAAGAAGCAAAUUUACCUUGACAUCCGAGAGGGGAUACAACCCCAUUUGCCUAAGAAUGAUGUAUUGGGCUUUUUUGUUUUCCUUCUGAACGGCUUGAAGGAGCUCCUUUCUAGCCAUGCCGAUUCACUUGCUUCUGUCCAGAAUGAACUUGAUGUGGUCCAUGAGGAGCUUCAACUUCUCCAACCAUUCCUAGAAGAUGUAGCAAGACAACGCCAUAAUAAACCUGAAGAACUUCAAAAUCUUGCUGAAAGAGUCAUUGAUAAGGCAUAUGAGGUUGAGUACAUAGUUGAUUCUUUUGUAGUGAGAGAUAUUCCUCAUACUUAUCUUACAGUAUGGCUCUCAGAAAUCAUAUGGGAGAUUAAGCUUAUCAAGACAGAGUUGACCAAAUCCUCGGUAAAGAAUAUGACAAUCGCUUCCUCUUCUGCCGAUGAAGAAUUGAUAGGUUUUGACGAUGUGAGGGAAACUAUAAGAGGUCAACUAGUUCGAGUAUCACCAGAGCUAGAUGUUAUUUCCAUUGUCGGUAUGGCUGGCACUGGUAAAACGACCCUUGCUCGAAGUUUUAUCAAAAAUGAUUCUCAUUUUGAUUUCUGGGGAGAGUGUCGUGUAUCUCAGGUAUACACGCGGAAAGACUUGUUACUUUCCAUUUUGAGUUCUAAUUGUGACCCUACUGAAAUUAGUAAAGAAGCUGAUGAUGAGUUAGCUGAUAGACUACGGAAACUUUUAUUGACAAAGAGAUACCUUCUGAUCAUUGAUGAUGUAUGGGAAGUAAAAGCAUGGGAUGAUUUGAUAUUAUGCUUUCCUGAUGCUAGGAAUGGUAGCAGAAUCAUUCUGACCACCAGACUUCAAAAAGUUUCUGUUUACGCUAAACUUGUUACUGAACCCCAUUUCCUACGUCCUCUGAACGAGCAAGAAAGUUGGUUGUUAUUGCAAAAAAGGGUAUUUGGAAAAGAAAUCUGCCCUGAACAGCUAAAGGAAGUUGGGGAAAAAAUAGCAAAAAAGUGUGAUGGGCUACCACUUUCCAUUGUUUUAGUGGCUGGUCUUCUCACAAAGAUGGACAGGACAGAAGGAUGUUGGACGCAAAUGGAAUUAAGUUUCGGUGAACGAAUCCAGGAUGGAGCCAAGGAUCUAGUAAAACUAAGUUACAAUGAUUUACCUUAUAAACUGAAACCAUGCUUUUUAUAUUUUGGAGCAUUUUUGGAGGACAGAGAGAUUUCAGUCUCAAAAGUGACAUGCUUAUGGAUUUCUGAGGCAUUCAUAGAAAAUGAUGGGGAAAAGUGUUUGGAGGAUAUUGCAGAAGAUUACUUAGAUGAUCUUAUUGGGAGAAACCUCGUCAUGGUGACUAAGAAGAGAUCUAUUGGGAAGAAUAAAGCAUGUCGUGUCCAUGACUUAAUGCUCGAUUUUUGCAAGGAAAAGGCUGAGGAAGAUAAUUUCCUGUUGUGGCUGAAAAGAGAUCUAGAUGCCAAUCCUCCACAUUUUUUUUCUGAAAAGCCUGUGCACCGCGCUUAUCAUUUUGCUCUAAUCAGGAUGAUCUUGCUGGGUGGAGGCCAUCAUGCUCACACGCUCGUUCAAUAUUUUUCAGGGAGGUACCUUGCUGUUCAAACUACUGAGGAUUCUAUCCCGUCAUCCAAAGAAAACCUUUGGAAUCUUCAAACGUUCAUAGUCAAAAGAAACGGAGGACACGUACUGUUGCCAGACACCCUUUGGAAGCUGAGUAAGUUGAGAAAUGUAAGCAUUAGUGACAGUGCUUUGUUUAAUUUGCGUGGUGCACGAGAAUCUCUUGAUGAAAACCCCUCAAAGCUGGACAAUUUGGCAACGCUUUCCUCAAUAUAUGUUUCCAGGAAGGACAAUAUGGAGAGGAUAGUAAGAAGAACGCCCAAUCUUCGGAAGUUAAGAUGUAUUUUUGCCGAUCCAUGGGGUUGGGAAAAGAAUGAAAAUCGGUUCCCUGACUUGGACUCAUUGUCUCAACUUGAAACACUAAAGGUGGUCUUCAUCAGCAUACCAGAGAUAGGUCCGUCAAUAUUAAACUUUCCAAUGAAUCUCAAGAAAUUGACAUUAUGCAAAUUUCCUUUGCCGCCUGCUGAAAUUUCAACCAUUGCCAACCUUCUCAACCUUGAGGUACUUAAACUGCAACAAGUUGCCUUUGAAAUGGAUGAAUGGGAAGUGCGAGACAAUGAGUUCCCUCAGCUCAAAUUCUUGGAACUAGAAAAUCUCACUCUCUCAAAAUGGGAAGUGUCUGAUGAAGCCUUUUGUUGCCUUGAGAAACUGGUUUUGCAUGGAUGUUCACAUCUCGAAGCAAUCCCUGAUUGUUUUGAGGACCAGCUAUUCUCUGUCGUUGUUGGUCAUUGUUCUUUGGUUGGUUGCAGCGAGCUGCUGAUGUACUAUUGUGGCCCAUGGCAAUAG